AUGGACCCGGAAAGUACACAUUUUCAAAGGGUAGAAAGUGGCUUUAAGAAGUUAUUGAACUCUAUGGAGAUAGCUAAAGUGAAUAGUAUAAAGCGGCUGGAGAAAAUUACAGAAAAAUUAACUGAAAAUAUACCUUUAUGUAUUGAGAAGAUAAGAAACAGUGAUGGCAAAUUUGAUUAUACAAUUGCAGAUAUAGAUCUUCCAGAUAUUAUUAUAGAACCAAAUGAUGAAUAUAUGGAACAUUUACUUAAGGAGUGUUAUAUGGAUAUUAUAUGUUCUGGAAUUACUGGUUAUAUUGAAGAUGCUAAAAGUACUGAGACAGUUGCUAUUGAUGAUACAAGUUGUAAUGAUGAGACUGUAAAUAUAGAGAAAUUAUUUUGUAAUAAAGCAAUGGAAUUGGAAAAGAAUAAUGGGAACAUUCAGGUAGAUGAUUAUCAUUUUAGUCCUAAUGUUAAACCUACUAAGGAUGAAGUUGGUUUUGUUGCUAGUAUGAAGAGAUUAUGGGAAAAUAAAACCCCAAAGGUAAGGAAUUUAUGGCAAGAUAAGAAAGAUUCAUUGAUUAAUAAUGAUGAUAAAACACUGCCAAAUAAACUAGUAAAAGUUGAUAUUUCACCACUUUAUAUUGGAGGGAACAUGAGUAAUAUAAUGAGCAAUACAAAUAACUAUUUUGAUGUUAAUAUACAAGAUAAUAAGGAUAAAGAAUAUAUGGAUGAUAUUGAAGAUAAUAUUGAGGAUGAUGGGAGAGGAUUUCAAUCUGAACAAUCAAGUAUAGUAAAGUCUAUUUGUUCAGUAUCUUGUGAUAGGGACGUAACAUCUCCGGGGUACACAAACGUAUUGACUACAGAGCUGUCACCAGCACAAAGUCCUCCUUUAUUAGUAAUGACUCCUGAAACACCAGUUCCAUUAGUGAAAUCUAUCCCUUCUACUUCUCAAAGAACUAUACAAGUCUUAGAUUCAUCUGCAAAGACAGAAUGUAAGGUUAAUACAAUAGAAGAUACUAAUAAGUCUAUAGAGUCUUCAAAUUUAGUAAAUGAGGAUUCUCCUCUCCCUCCUCGUCCAAUUCGUAGACUAACCAAUGAUCAGAUAUCUUCUCAAGAAGAAAAAGUAAUAGAAAAUAUGACAGGCAAUUUAACAGAAAAUGAAGCAAGACAAUCUUCUCAAUACGCAGGUUGUGAUAUUAUAUUGCGUGAUAAAUCUAUACAAGGUGAGAAAACACCUGUUUUAUCCACUAUUUCUGAGGAAUGUUCUAGAGAUACAAAGGAAGAUAUAAAAGUAGAAGAUUCUGACGUUAAUAAUAGUAUUGGAUUUUUACGCCCAGAAAGGAUUAGUUACGUUAAGAGAAGUGGAUUGAGAUCAAUGUUACAUCAUUCAGCUCAACGAAUAAAUUUAGAGAAUAACAGUUCUACAUUGACAAAUUCUGAGAAUUUAUCUAGGAAUUCAAUAAGUUGUCUAGUAAAAACUCCACCUAAUUAUAAAGGAAUGAGUAAUAUGAAGAUUAAAAGAACAGGAGAUAGUCCAUGUAGGCGUUAUCACAAAAGAUUGAAAUUAAUUUCUCAAAAGAAUAUUGAGGAAAAUUAUGAAUUGACAGAUAGUGAAGAUGAUGAGAAGAAAAGUAACGGUAAGACUACAAACAAAUGUCCAAAGAAAGUUCCUAUAUGGGCAAGAAGUGUUAAUUGGAUACCACAAAUACAAAAACAAAGGCACAUUGAUCCAUUUAGUAUAUUUGGUGAUUCAUGUAUGUUUAUGGAUUUGGAAGAUGUAUUUCAAAGAACAUGGUAUAUAUCUACUGUAGCACGUGACAAUAGGAUUAAAGCAUGGCAAAGUGACCGUGUUUCAUCUUUAAACUGGAGUGAUGAUUCACUAACCUCUGAUGAAUUGAAGAGAUACAAACUCCAAAUGGGUUUUUAUAUUGAUAAAUCUAAUGAAGUCUAUGUAACAGAACCUUGUUAUACCCCUUCUCCUAACCCUACUACAAAAGGGGCUUGGAACCAUAUAAAUAAACAAAGGAUUACAAAUGGAGGUACUACUGUUAUUAGGAAGGCACUAAAUUUAUCUAUUCAUCGUAAAAGCAACAAACACUUGACUACACAGAUAAAUUAUGUACCUCAAAAUUCUUCAUUUAUGCAACAGCAACUAUAA